AUGUUUAUGGCGGACAUGGGACUGUGGCUACCUGUCGUUGGCGCUCUGGCCACGACCCUGGCCGAUCAAACCUCAGCUCCCCGGCUUCCCAUCUACACGACACCUCCCAUUGACACACCUGAGCUUCCCAGCCACGCGGAUAGCUUGGGCCCAUACGCUACCAUGGUACUCGAAGAUGUCAACAACAGCACGCCAGACAACUUUGAUGACAAUCCCGACCCCUCCUCCAGCGAUCCCUAUGCAUCCGCGUCGCGGCGGUCAGGCGAGCGAAUUGAUGCAACUUCGUUGCCGCAACCAAUUCCACUUCUAGGCCCGAUGAUGGGCUUCACUGCUGGCUCGGUACGCUUCAAAACAGAGCAGACGAUCCAGUUUGCAGAGAAGAGGAUCAAUCGGGUGCUGGAACCGUACGAAGUGCAAGCCUUCGCCUUCCAUAUCUACAAGCUGGAGCAAACCAAGAGCUAUUUCGCAGCUGCAGGCUUAGCGGCAGGAACGUAUAGAUGUUGGAGCACCGCGGAUAGCUUUCGCUACCCUUUCUACAAACCCAAGCUUGAGAGUAUUGAACCGAAUAAGUUUGGCAUCGUGAGGGGGCCGCUGGCUAUGUAUGCGAGACAUUCGUGGCGAUUCUUGAUGUAUGCUACGGUUUCUUCACAUUUGGGCAGUAUCAUUGGCCAAGCGAUUGCCCAACCGGUGGCCGCAGUCAAUACGAGCAAAGAUCCUAAGCUGGAGCAAUUCGGCAAAGAUGUCAGGGCUGCCGACCCAAGAUCGAAAGCAGAGCAGGACAGAGAGUUUGCGCAGCGGACAAGGCAGUAUGAGCAGGCAGUAGAACAGCGCCCACGCAACAGGCUGCCUGUUGCGAAGAAUGAAGACCCAGUAGACGACAUGAAUCCAGCAGCUGGAAAUGAGGCCUGGGGCUCUCAAAGCCCCGUGACCGAGUCAUGGGAGACUUACUCCAACGACGCAUCACAGCCAGCGCCGUCGCCACAGCAGCAUCCUUCAUCGAUGGAUAAUCGGGAUCGCCGGCCAGAGGCCAACCGCCAGUCGCCAACAUCUUCACUACCAUUCGACGAUGAUGCAUCUCCCACUGGUGGCCUCUUCCAGGAUGAAGUGUACAGCGCUCAGUCUCAAGCUCAGUCUCAAUCUCCAUCUCGGUCUCCACCACAGGGCAGACCGGGUGAAUCGACUUGGGACCGUCUUCGUCGCGGCGAGGCACCCAUUCCGGGUCAAAGAGUAGAGCCGCAACCACGUCGCCCGGAGCAUGCACGUAAGGAGCGAAGAGAGGGAUCCACUCUAGGUGACUCUUAUACCUUUGUUGAAGGUGACGAGGAGAGGAAGAGAGAAAAGGAGCAAGCCCAGCAGGAGUUUGAUGCAAGAAUAGAGAGGGAGCGACAGGGUCGAGAUUUCAGUGACGAUGAAAAGAGGUGCGUAUUUCUCGGCGUGAAGCAGAAAGUGCCUGCAAUGUAUACGCUGCCUGACUGGUUACUGCGCCUCGUCACCAUCCUCAACUGUCCUCUGACCAUAUGA